AAUACAGUUGAAUUCCGUUUCAUCUGCCAUCUUCCUCGCGAAAGGAUUCCGGCCGAAUUGAUAGGAGAGAAGACGAGGAGGAGGAGCAGCGAUGGCCGCCGCUCGAGCCCGAUGGCGAUUCCUCGCGCUGCCCCUGGCGCUGCUCCUCGCGAUCGGCUCGUCGCGCGGCCUCGACCCGGCGCCCAAGCCCCCCGUCCCCAAGGCCAUCUCCGACCUGAGGGACGCGAUCGUGAAGGGGCUGGGGCUCCAGUCGGAGGAGCUCAAGGUGUCCGGGUUCGACGUCAGGGACGCGCUGGUGGGGCAGGCGGUGGCGUACGAGUUCGACAUGGAGGUCGGGAGGAAGGCCGUGCCCGUGCGUCUGCUCGAGGACGUCAGCCGGUGGGACUUCGUCGACCUGCCCAUCUUCCGCUCCCAGGCCGACGCCGACGACACGGCGCUCGCCGAGAUAGGACGUCGCGGCGCCAGAGGGAGCUUCGAGCCGACGCUGCCGCCCUUCCAGCUCGCCGGGCCCAUGGAGCUCUGGAUCCAGGACGGGGACGAUGUCAGGCUCGCCUUGCCGCAUGACGUGGAGGCUGGAACUCUGAAGAAAGUUGUUCUUGCUGAUGGUGCAGUCGUAACAGUGAAAGGUGCUAGGGCAGUGAGCCUCCGUUUGCCCCUUGAACUGCCACUUCCUCUCAACCGUACCACUUACAAGGGUCGCCUGUCAAGCUUGCUUUCCAUCGCUCAAGCUCUACGUGGUGCAGCUCGGUCUAAUCAGAAACCCCUGCUCUCCCUGCGAAUUGAGGGUCCAACCUCCUUAUCCUCAACUCCUUCCAUGUCUCCCAAUGACAAGCUGAAGCUCAAAAGGUUGGCCCCAGGUCAAGUGGAGCUCUCCUCGCGUGCAAUCCCUGCUGCCACCGAUGACGAGGAUGAACCACAUAACACUGGAAUGUGGCCUCUCUUGUCAUUGAAUGCAUCAGAUGGCAGCCUGCAGGGGCUUGAGGAUCUGUUGGCGUCAGUUCUCGCAAAGAAGGCGGGUGAGAAGGGCACGUUCAAGUUGUUGAAUGCACGGGCGGCGGCACAAACAUAUGUCAAAAUGGGCUUCACGGUAGAGAAGAGUGUAGCCGAUGGGGAGGUAAACUGGUCUAAUUUGCCCGAGUGGAAAACAAAGCCCAAGAAGCUGAGGGCGCAUUAUGAAGUUCUUGCCCGUGUGGAGCGUGGCCAGGCGAUUCCCGAAAGGAUUGCCCUGGUGCAGCCUUUCCAUGCUGAGGAGGCCAUGUCUGAGAGCAUGCUCACCGGGAAUGUCUCGAGAUCAAAGAUGGAGGCAGUCAAUCCGCCACCUAUUUAUUUCAGUCUGUGAGAUCUGUAGGUGCCGGAAGCUCCUUUGGUUGACUAUUAUAGCAGGAGAUGGCAAAAAGGAUCACAAGCGGCAGAAGCUUCUUUCUUGUUACUGACAUUCUGCGUUAACAUCAUACUCUUUGUAUUCUAUAUCCUGGCUAGCUCUGUAAAUUACCAAUACGAAUGAUGAGCCCUCACAGUCGAAAUGCAGAAAUAAGCAAACUGUAUAUAAAUCCUCCUCGAAACUCAAAGCAAAAGUGCUUAGUUCCUAGCCUCUGCACAAGUUUUACACAAUGCUGUUUUUC